AUGGAUCGGCAUUUAUCCAUUGCGGACGUCAGUACUUCACAAGAUAUAAGUCCUAAGAAAGCUCAACAGCUUAAUCUUAGCAACAAACAGAGAAAAAUACUACGGACAACAUUCGCGCAGAUGAAUUCUGGUGGAACGUUCUUUAAAUUAAUGGAACAAGUAUUUAGGAGAUUAGAAGCAAAAUAUCCUGAUAUAAGAUCAAUCUUCUUAACCACUGCCUUCGUGAAUUCGCUGUCCAGAGAGCGAUCCUCACCGCCUCUUGUUCGAACAGAACACGAUCAUAAUAAAUGUAUAGUGGCCAUGUUCGAAAGAAUCAUAGAAAAACUGAACGACUCAGAUAAUGAACUGAUUAUUAUCCGACAGCAUGGAGAAAAACAUGCUCAGAUGAAAGAAAGCGGUAUGUCCGGUAGUAUGAUCGAACAUUUUGGUGAGAUUGCUGUUGCAGUGAUUGCAUCUCAGGAUUCAAUAAAAUAUAACCACGAUGCUGUGAAAGCAUGGCGAAUUCUUCUAGCCUACGUCACAGACGAAAUGAUGGUCGGAUUUGAUCGACUGAGCCGAAUUUCUGACAGAAGGAGCAGUGGAAUCAACUCGUGCCCCAGAAGAACAUAG